AUGGAUAAGAUGUUUUCCAUGUGUGAUUGCCAUGGUGUAAACAUCAAUCUGAGCUUGUUGUCAUCUCUCAGAGGACUUGAAGAUCCAUCUAUUUUGUAUGCUCAAGAUAGCCAUGUCUUCAAAGAAAUAUGGCAAGGAAAGGAAAGGGGAAUGUUGAAGUGCAUUGAGCAUACAAAGGCUUUAACCAUGUGGGCUAUUGAAAAUGAAGAUAUGAAGGGUCUCGUUAGACAAUGUGGCUUAGAACCACUUCGCAUAGUUGGACAUAUACACAUUGACCAUCAUUUGGUCAAUUCACUUGUUGAGAGAUGGAGAAAUGAAACAAAUACCUUUCAUAUACCUUGGAGUGAAAUGACAAUUACAUUAUAGGAUGUGGGGUAUAUCACUGGCCUCUAAGUUUCUGGUGUUGUGGUAUUAGGUUCAAGCAUGAAGGCAAAAGAUCUAUGUUUAAAACACUUAGGAUCUAGAAACCCACAAAUAAGAAAUGGAAGAGUGUCAAUAAAAUUGUUAAGAGACACUUUCAGUCAUUUGUUGAGAAAUCAUAGUGAAAUGGUCAUCCUACAUCAUACUAGAGCUUAUUUGUUAUAUUUGCUGGGAUGUACCAUUUUCUCUAAUAGUACCAAGUUUUCUGUCAACCCGAUUUAUCUUCAAUUAUUCGAUAAUAUUACAAAGGUAUGGAAAUAUGCAUUGGGUGUUGCAUCUCUUGCAUACCUCUAUAGAUCAUUAUCAAAGGCUACAUCUCCUAGUUGCAGAAAUAUAUAUGUAUACCUAACAUUAUUAACCAUCCCUUAUUGGUUCUACAAGAAAGGUGUCACUUGCAAAGUUAAAUGGCAACCAUAUAAUGAUUUGAAAGCUGAAAAAGUCCCAUUAGAGGCACUAGAGGCAAAGAUUUAUGGACGUGCACAAACAUGGCUUGUGUGUUUUAACAUUGUGGAAUGGCACUUGCCCAAUAGAUGCAUGAUGCAAUUUGGGGUAGAGCAGCCCAUACCCAUUAAUAUGCCUAAUGGAAAAGAGUUGAUCUGCAUGGAACAUAAGAUUGGAUUGCUAAGAUGAAAGAUCAAGUAAAAAAUAUAAGUAAAAAACGUAUCAAAGGCACAUAUGGUGUGUUAUCUUGAGCAUGUCGUCCUCAUUCUCCCAUAUUGUUGUACAUAAGUAAAAAACAUAAAAUUGUUUAAAAUUAUUCAACAUGGACAAUAAGUGUCUGUGAGUCAAACACUUUACUAUAAAAACAUAAUGCUCCAAAUUUAUUCAUAGAUGAAGAAAUGUGGAAAAAAAAAUUGUUCUCUUUAUUUGUGCUAAUGUUCUCACCAAAAUUCUUAAUCU